ACCUAGCCUUCCAUCAUACCAGCGUUAAGAAGACAACAAUCCUUUUGGAGCCGGCUCAUACCACGACGCACCGUCCCUAUCCACCACUAUUACUAGUAGAAUACUUUCCCACUUCAUCUCGUCCGUUUGCACUUAUAUAUAUAUAUGCCUUGAGAAGAUGGUCGUCCUCGCAGCGUCGAUAUGUACCAGAGGGGGCAAAGCGGUGCUCUCACGCCAGUUCCGUGAAAUUGCCCGCUCCCGGAUAGAAGCGCUAUUGGCAUCAUUCCCAAAGCUCGCAGACUCCGGCACGCAGCACACCAUCGUCGAGCAAGAUAAUGUCCGAUUUGUCUACCAGCCAUUGGACGAGCUAUACAUCGUCCUUAUCACAAACAAGCAGUCUAAUAUCCUCCAAGAUAUAGACAGUUUGCACAUUUUCGCUCAGGUUGUCACAAGCAUUUGCAAAAGUCUCGAUGAGCAAGAGAUAUUACGGAAUGCAUUCGAGCUACUUAGCGCGUUCGAUGAGCUUGUUACUUUGGGUUACCGGGAAAACCUCUCUUUGUCACAAAUAAGGACAUUCCUCGAAAUGGAAAGUCAUGAGGAGAGAGUGCAGGAAAUAAUUGAAAGGAACAAGGAACUUGAAGCAAGCGAGGAGCGAAAACGCAAGGCAAAACAAUUGGAAAUGCAGCGCAAAGAAGCCGCCCGCAGUGGUCGUGGCAUGGUCCCGCGAGCCCCAUCAUACCCAGUGUAUACUCAGCCGACUCGGGCAACACCUACAGAAACGUUCGACUCCUAUGAGGCGGAGAAAAAGAAGACUUUUGCUAAGCCAAUGGCUGUUAGGGGCAAGGGAAUGCAGCUUGGAAAGAAAUCUAAAGCAACAGACAUCUAUGAGAAAGUCCGAGGAGACCUCGGCCCUGAAUCUGAGGAGACUCCGUUGGUUUCUCCCGCUACAGCACCUGGCAUUUCAGAUAAUGUGGCCCAGUCCCGCGCCUCUCUUUCCGCAGACCGCGAGCCUAUCCAUGUUACUGUGGCUGAGUCCGUUUCCGCCAAACUCUCCCGUGAUGGUGCAGUGAAGUCGUGGGAGAUAAAGGGCGAUCUUCAACUGCGUAUCACGGAUGACACAUUUUCGAAAGUGAAACUUGCUUUGACAGCCAACCCUACACAUGGGGCUGUUUUCCGUACGCAUCCCAAUGUUGACAGGGCCCUGUUCACAAACUCCAAAGUGAUUCAACUCCGUGACACUUCGAAGAGUUUCCCUCACAACAUUUCAAUUGGAGUCUUGCGAUGGCGUGUCACUGGCACAGACAAUACAGAUGUCCUUCCAGUUACAUUUACAGUUUGGGUAAACAGAGGUUCUCAAUCAAGCACAGUGACCGUUGAGUAUGAGCUUAAUGGUUCAGACCCAUUGCGAGACGUCGUUGUAACAAUACCCUUUGGCACUGUUGAACCCACUGUGACGAAUUUUGACGCGAUUUACGAAGUAACUGGAGAUAGCCUAGACUGGAACAUUGGCACCAUUGAUGACUCAAAUCCCUCAGGCAGUUUCGAGUUCGAGUCUGAAGACCCCAACAGUGAUGAGAAUGAAUUCUUCCCCAUGACUGUCCGCUUCCAGAAAGAAACUCCAUUUGUGGAUGUUGAUGUUCAGACAGUGUCGCUUUUGGAGAUGGAUGGGCAGACGGUGAAUUUCUCAAAGGACUUCAAAACGAUUGCGGAUGGGUACGUUGUCGAAUAAAUGAAUUUGCUGAUAGAUAUGUUGUCGAAUAAUUGAAUUUGCUGGCGGUUGUAAUUUUCUUCCAACACCUUUAGAAUAUUGAUUUCUACAUCUCUCUUUGUUGUUUCAUGCUUUCUGCGGCGCUUUUCUAUUCCGUUUAUGGUUUUGUUAACUCUUCUAUCUUACUUUUCAAUUUAACUGGCGGGUUUCAUGCACAACUUCCUCAGUUGUCCCUUGUUCUAUCCUUCAUUCUAUGAUUUGAGUUCACAAAAUGGUAUGGAAUAGAAGGGAUCUCUAGAAUGGAAGACGAAAUUGAUUCCUUACUGAACUGGUGCUAUGUGUCCUAUGUACAGAUUACCUGGCUUGUGGUCGAUCUCGGGGCGUGCAAUUCUUAUGCAGGUGGGCCAUCUUGCCGCGUACUUGUGGAAGCGGUGCGGCUCCAUUAAAUCCUGGCACUUUUGAUGUAUCCCCUAGUUGUCUCGACAUUGACUUUAGGAAUAUUUGGAUGUGUGCGAAUUAUUACUAGUUCCAUAGGUGUUAUAUUCCGCUGCCAUGUGCUUCCCGAGUAGUAGCGCGGCCUUUUAGUGAUUACGUAGCGUAUGUUGGUAGGAUUCCUUUCAUGUGUGGCUAUGCUGCACACUAACAGACCCAGUGUAGGGGAUCUCAGCGGCAUAGGGUCCUCAGGAUCAGGGAG